GCCAGCAGUCAGCCGGUGUGGGAACAAGUGCCCCUACCUGCUCUACCUGUAGCACUGACAGAGGAGAAGGACCUGGUGGCUGUGUUAAGUAGCAGGGAUGUUUGACACACUGUAUGACUGGUUCUGGUGGGACAGAAUCUGGCUGCCAGUGAAUCUGACGUGGGCUGACCUGGUAGACAAGGAGGACCGGGUCUACGCCAAAGCCUCUGAUCUUUAUGUCACUGUCCCCUAUGCCUUUGUCUUCUUACUCCUCAGAUACCUGUUUGAAAAUUGGGUAGCAACACCACUUGCUGUCUCCGCUGGGAUCAGGCAGAGAGCCCAUCUGAAAGCACAGGACAACCCCAUCCUAGAACUCUACUACACCACUCAGUGCAGACAUCCUGCUCAGGCAGCCUUUGAUGGGCUGUCUAAGAAAAGCUGUUUGUCAGUGAGACAAGUGGAGCGCUGGUUCAGAAGAAGGCGUAAUCAGGACCAUCCGGGAGUCCUGAAGAAGUUCAGAGAAGUCUGUUGGAGGUUUGUCUUCUACCUGUUGGCGUUCAUAGGAGGAAUAGCAGCCCUGUAUGAUAAAGAAUGGUUUUAUGAUACUCGGGAAGUGUGGACAGGCUUUCCAAAGCAGUCCAUGCUGGAGUCUCAAUACUGGUAUUAUAUCCUGGAAAUGAGCUUCUAUGCCUCUCUUCUCUUUAGCAUAACCUUUGAUGUCAAGAGAAAGGACUUUAAAGAGCAAAUUAUCCACCACUUGGCCACUCUGGUGCUCUUAUCUUUUUCCUGGUGUGUCAACUACAUUCGUAUCGGAACCCUGGUCAUGCUUGUCCAUGAUGCGUCUGAUGUUUUACUGGAGUCCGCCAAAUUAUUCAACUAUGCCAAAUGGGAGAAAACCUGUCAAAGCCUUUUUGUUGUGUUUGCCAUAGUGUUUAUGGUAACACGCCUCAUCAUCUUUCCAUUUUGGCUAAUCCACUGUACCUGGGUUUACCCCCUUCACCACUAUCCCGCCUUCUUCGGGUACUACUUCUUCAACGUCUUGCUGGUGGUCCUCCUCUGUCUGCAUAUAUUCUGGGCCUACCUCAUUCUGCGCAUGGUCAGGAAGUUUAUAUUUGGAACGAUGACUGGAGAUGAGAGAAGUGAGAAUGAAGAGGAGGAGGAGGAGGAGGACGGAGAGAGCAGUCAAACAGAGGACGAAGGUGUAGGACAACACAAGCUGGGCAAUGGACAUGCAGUUGAUGAGAAGGACAAGAGUGGCUGCUUCGGCUGCUUGUCUCCACCAGAGGUCAUCUGUCGCUCAAAGACUGUGUACUGACUCACGCUUAGUAUGAUCAGUAGAGCUGAAAAUGUGAGGAACCAAACAAUGUUGAAUGAGUUUAUCCUCUAAAGACUGAAAAAUAAACAAUACAUGUGACCUUUUCCCUUUAGAUGCUGAAAAACAACCUAACUCAAUUAAGCCAUGCUGUGCUAACAGACCUGAGAACUGUGCAUUCGUAAGGGGAGAGAAACUUUGAGAUGUUUUGGUUGUCUGGUCCUCUCCAGUGUUGUCAGUGGCAGCAUCAACAUAAUUUUUUCCCGAGACACAGUAUGAUUAGCCACAUCAAAACUUGUCAUUUCAGCACAUAGAUGGCUGGCUAGGACAACAGUCACCAUGUGAGCACACCAUAUUCUAUGAUAAUGUUGUAAGACUUAUAGAUUUCCACACAAGUUACAUUGGUUUUGUUAUUUCCCAAUGGAAAUUCCAAUAAAUUACUUUUUGGGUAUAGGGAGGUUAAGUAUGCGUCUUUAGUGCCUGUUGGUCCAGGAUGUGUUCAGCCAGAAUUAUCUGACUGGAACAAGGAAAUAUUUCAGGUGCUUACAAGGAAACUGUUCAUCGUAUUUUCAGAUUUCUGAAACUACCAUACACUUGUAUGUUUAGUACAUAUUAUAAACAUAAUAUGUACACAUGUAAAUGUACACAAGGUACACAAAAAUCGAUGGAAUUACAUACUUUUUAGUGUUCUGUGCCAAAAUAAUUUCCUUAUGAGUUGUCAUACAGUCUAACAGGUGCAUCUUGACUGGUUGAUUGGCAUAGUUUAGUAGCAACUAUAUCACUAUAUGAGUUUUUACUUUCAUAAAUAGUGAGCCAAAGUGAAACCAUAACUUCUAGGUUCUGUUGCAGGACAAAGAAAUCCUUAUUUAAAAUCCGACUGAUAUCUGUGGCAACACUAAUAACAAUCCAGCCUUAGAAAAGAGGCCUUCUCUAAAGUUUGUACUGGGGCUUGCAUUCAAGUAUUUUUUUUUAAGAUCAAACUAAUUUGUUUAUUUGAUGUGACUGUGUGAUGCGUUUUUAAUGUGAAUUUGUUCACUACUUGUAAAAAUGUGUCUCUAUCAACUAAUCAACAAAUAAACUGAGCUAACUGCGAUGAAUCACCAUCACUGACUGCUUUUAACAAUGGAGCUCCUCGCUGGUGAAUGUUGUCAGCUGGGUUGUGUAUCACAAUCCUUUACUUAUUCAUAGAAGCUUGUUAAAAGACCACACAAACGCUCAUUUAAAGGAGCUUUAGCACGUGAUUUUAUUCAAAGUGACUGGGGAACAACACUCAAGUAAGCACUGAUGCUAAAUCAGUUUAAGGCAAAAUAUAAAUCAGAAGUGAAAAGAAGUGCAGCAAGUGCUAGUCCGACCUGUCUGUACUAACAGCAGCACACACAUGAAUUGAGGUUAAUUUCAGAGAUUUUAUCAUAUAUCAUGUUACAUGUUUUUCUCAUUGUUCUUGCGAUUCAUAUUGAGAAUAUGUCUACUUUGGAAGUAAUUCCACUGGUAGCCACAAGAUGACGCCCAUUACUCUGCUUUUCACUGCCAAACCAUGAAAAGCAGGAUCAGACUGUCGACCACAUGUGCAACAGAAAAAACGAAAACAAUCUCUGGCUGGAUUGAUUAUGGAUACUUUAUUGUGACUGAGUGGGAUCAUGAAUUUAUCUUCUAAAAUAUGUCAGCAACAACAUGGAUAUUGUUUUCAUAUAAAUGUAAAUUAAUUAAGCACAAGUGACCAUUUGCAUUUUCUCCACAGGAAGACGUGAUCCACUAGAGAGAAAGUUUUUCAUAUUAAAACAACCUCUCUGCCUUGUAUGAUUCUGAUUCUAAAUAAGAUAAACUGAGCAUGUAGUAAGGGAAUCUAAAGACACUAAUUGGCAGUAAAACAAUCAAUACACUAAAUAUCCAAUAGUAUUUUUUGGUGGACUUGCCCUGACUGGCAAAGAGUCUGAAUUUGCAAACUUCCCAUCUCCACUUUGUUUUCUGUUAUAAAUGUCGUCACCAAGCCCAAAAUCCUCCACAGCCACAGGGGGAAUUAUGCAACUGUUUUCACAGGCUGAGCAGAACUAGCCGUAAUGAGUAAACUGAAGUCUGAUGGGUUUCCAUUUACACACUUAUUUAGGUGUCCAGGCCUUUGAAGGGCUCUUAGUUUGUAUACGCUUUGAGUCAACACAAGACUCAAAU